AUGUUGGCUGUGCUGCUUGGGAAGAUAUUUGGAGCCUUUUCAGGAUUCGGGGAGGGCUCUCUAACCUCAGAUCAAUUGAUACAUACCAUAUCUGCUCAUUGUGUGUAUUUAUUGGGUCUCGGAAUUAUCAUUUUGCUGCUACAAGCCGGUCACUUUACAUUCUGGAUGGCUUUUGGAGAGCUCCAAGCAAAAAACGCGCGAGAGAAAUCCUUCGUGGAGUUGCUCAAGAAGGACAUAUCUUGGUUUGAAAUGAAACAGGACGGAGUUUUAGCUCUUUUACCGCGUCUCCAAACCAGCAGCUUCUCCUGCAUCGAUGCGGUUAAGUAUUUCAAUGGUCAAAACUUCGAAGCCCAACAAUAUUCCCUAGGCAUCUUGGCCGCGACGCGCUGGUAUAGAAACGAGGCGCUCGGCCAAGCACUCCAAAUUGGCUGCGGUUUCUGGUACGGUAUCUCUCUCGUUGAAGCAGGCCAGUUGAAUCCCGGAGACGUUGUGACAGCCUUCUGGGCAUGCCUCUUAUCUACACAUGCAAUUGAAGAUGUGUUGCCUCACAUUAUUGUGCUUGAAAAAGGGCGUGCCUCAAGUUCUGCGUUACAACAACUCAUAAAGAAAAAAACAAACUAUUGCGACGAAACGGAUAAUACAGCCCAGAAACUAUCCCCCACGUUUUGUGAAGGGGAUAUACGCGUCAAAAAUGUUACUUUCUCUUAUCCAUCUCGUCCUGAUUGCUACGUAUUAAAGGAUUCAUCGUUCUUUUUCCCGGCGGGCGAUGUGACGUUUGUUGUCGGGAGAAGUGGUUCGGGGAAAAGCACGCUUUCUAAUCUCCUCAUGCGAUUCUAUACACCCACAAGUGGAGCUAUCUUCAUUGACGGCACCCCGCUUGAAAACUUGAAUAUUUACUGGAUCCGGAAUAACAUCACUCUAGUACAGCAACAGAGCUUUCUCUUUAACGAGACAGUGUUUACAAACAUCGCUUUUGGUUCAAGAGACUAUCAUAGUAUCACCGAAGACAAAAUUCUCAAUUGUCUUCGGUUCGCCUGCCUCGACGAAACGGUCCGCAAUCUGCCAGAUGGCCUGGAUACGAUGGUGGGCGCUGGCGGGAGUGCAUUCAGUGGCGGCCAACGCCAAAGAGUUGCGAUUGCUCGUGCAAGAUUGAGAGAUACCCCUAUUCUGAUCCUCGACGAAUCCACAAGCGCGUUGGAUUUCACCAGCCGAUUUUCUGUGAUGGAUGCCAUUCGAGUCUGGCGAAAAGUACGGGACACUCGACUGUGUCAGGGUCUAGGAGAAGAAAAUUUAAGAAGACCAGCAAACCCCUUCCUCCUAGACCCAAUCAAGAAUUAA